AUGGCACCCAAACCUUUUACUCCCGAGAACGUCGAGGCCCAAAAGGCCACGUACGAGAAGGCUGGCCAGGUCCAGGUGCACGCCUUCUACGACUCCCUAUCUGAAUCCGAGAAGGAGACCCUUUACAACCAACUCGAUGGCUUCGAUCCCGAGGAGAUCAACCAGAUUACCCACCGCGCACUGAACCCUCCGAAAGGGGACGACAAGCCCGCCGUCGUCGAGCCCCUCCCCGAGUCAGCCACCGCCAGUAUACUCGACUCGAAGCCCGAGGACAUUCAGGCAUGGUACGAGCACGGUCUCAAGCUGAUCUCGGAGAACAAGGUCGCCGUAGUGCUUAUGGCUGGUGGUCAGGGUACGAGACUGGGCAGCAAGGCCCCCAAGGGCUGCUUUGACAUACAGUUGCCCUCGCACAAGUCUUUGUUCCAGAUUCAGGCCGAGCGUAUCCGCAAGGUCCAGGAGCUGGCACAGAAAAAGCACUCGCCCAAGGACAAUGUCGUGGUGCCAUGGUACGUCAUGACCAGUGGCCCGACCAGGGGUAACACUCAGAACUUCUUUGAGGGCAAGUCUCUGGGCGAUGUUCUGCCCAACGAGACCGAGGAGGACCGCAAGAAGCGUGGCGUGUAUUUUGGCCUGAACAAGGAAGAUGUCAUGAUCUUCGAGCAGGGUGUCCUGCCUUGCAUUUCCAACGAGGGCAAGAUCAUGCUCGAGGGCAAGGGCAAGGUUGCCGUAGCCCCAGAUGGCAACGGUGGUCUCUACAAGGCGCUGUACCAGGCACCUAUCGCCUCCAAGUUUGGUCCCGAGUUCGGCACCGUUCUCAAGGAUAUGAAGAAGCGUGGCGUCGAGCACAUUCACGCCUACUGUGUGGACAACUGCCUGGUCAAGGUUGCCGACCCCCUUUUCAUCGGUUUUUCUGCAGCCAAGGGUGUCUCCCUGGCUACCAAGGUCGUCCGAAAGCGCAACGCUACGGAGUCUGUUGGUCUCAUUCUUUCCAGAAACGGCAAGCCCGAUGUCGUCGAGUACUCGGAGAUUGAUGCCGCCACCGCAGAGGCUGAGGACCCGAAGCAAGCCGGCGUGCUCAAGUUCAGGGCAGCAAACAUUGUCAACCACUACUACUCGUUCAAGUAUCUUGAUGGCAUGGACUCUUGGAUGAGCAAGCUGCCGCACCACAUUGCCCGCAAGAAGAUUCCAUGCGUCGACCCUGCCUCGGGCGAUGAAGUCAAGCCUUCGAAGCCCAAUGGCAUCAAGCUGGAACAGUUCGUCUUUGACAACUUCCCAAUGCUUGAGCUGAACGACUUUGCAUGCUUGGAGGUCAAGCGUGAGGACGAGUUCUCUCCUCUCAAGAACGGAACUGACGCCAAGGAGGACAACAUGAUUACAAGCAAGCAGGACAUUAUGGGCCAAGGAAAGAGAUGGGCCGAGGCUGCUGGUGCUUCUGUGAGCAAUGGAGCCAGCGAGGGCCUGGAAGUAUCUCCAUUGACCAGUUAUGGUGGCGAGGGUCUUGAGGGUCUUAAGGGCAAGACGAUCUCGGAACUUGCGAUUUAA